AUGUCAAGCUCUUCUAACUCCGGCUCUGGCAGCUCUGGUUCCUCUGAAGAGGAUAAACCAUGUGUGACCCUGGAGAACUCUGAGACAUCCUCCGAAGCUGAAGUUGCCUCAGCGAAAGCUCGGGCACGGGCAGGGAUGUUCACAUGGCCGUGUCCACGCCAUUUUCAUGCAGAGUUGUCAGAGCGCCAAUCCGCGAGAGUCCUCAAGCCUGCUGAUGUUUCUCGAGAAGACUUCUUGGAAACUUUCAAAACUGUGCUACGUCGCAAGGGCUAUCUCCACAACCUCGUUAAGGCAGCAGUGGCAGACGAGCCGCACAAACAUUACCAAGCAGAUGGGAACGCAAGAGAAAGGCACAAACAUUUGAUUUUCUUGUUUCGACAACCUUUCGUACAUGCUAGUGUCUGCAAGAUGUUGGGUGAGCAAUUUGGCGCCCACGGGUUUUUUACCUUUCACCGAGCGGGCUGGGUGGCCUACUUGGAUUAUUUGAUGAGCGAGAGUGCAAAGAAGCCGGCCCAGGACUUGGAUCGUCAAAUGGUUUUUUACCCCGCAGCAUACACAUGGCAAAGAGCCGAAGCUGAGCUUGGUCAGAUGUCUUUGCAGAUGUCAGGUCGACGCCAAAAUGAUGGCGUGCAGCAGCGCAAAGAACCUGAGCCCAAGCGCCGCAAACAGAUGACUUUCAGUGAGCUGACGGACUUUGUCGUUGAGCGCGGUAUCCGUGCUGUGGGCGCACUUUGGCAGGCUGGAUUUGCGGCACUCAAGUGUCUUUAUCACGGAUUUUGGAUUCUCUGUAUCAUGCAAGGACUACUUUCUGCAAUAAAAGCAGCCUAACCUUGCCAUUGCUGUAAUCGGCUGACACUUGUUUCAUUCUGGCCCAAAGUUUCACAAAAUAUCGAAGUGUCUAUUUUUUGGCACCCCAUCCUGCAGCCAGGAAGCCAAAGAGGAGAAAAAGGCCGGCAAUCCAUUGAUUUGGAACCAUUUGGGGUCCUUGCGAGAUGCCAACGCAGAGUUGCAGAAGAUCUUGGGUGCGUGGCACCGUCCAGAAACGUUGGGCGCUACAACUCUGGUGUCCACACCCACAUUUGCGUUGACCCAAUUUGUUUUGCCACCGCCUGUGCAAGAGUGGAUGCAAACCGGUUACUCCAAAGUUGCUUUGAUUUUGCAAGGCCCGCCCGGAACCGGGAAAACAGAAAUGGCCCUCAGCAUCCUCUUGAGCUUGUGCCCUGCUGGGGUACAUUUCCUGUCAAAAUUGGACCAAAUCAGGAAGAUCACCAUCAAUGGUGGACAAGGACUACUGGUUGAUGAAUGCACCUUCCGCAACAUUGACAUCGACGACGCGAAAGCUUGGACCGACAUUGCCCACCCUCGAGACGUUCGAGCUAGGAAUCAAGACGGUCACAUUCCCAGUGCUGUGCCGAGGAUAUUCACAACAAAUCAUCACAUAGGUCAAUUUUGGCCUCCAGAGUAUUUCGAUGUGAACCAUCAACAAGCACUAGAUCGUCGCACGCUCUGGUUGCACAUCCCUGACAAAGUCUUCGAGACGAAGCACCAGGUGCCGGGUGAUAGGGAGUAA